AUGAGGUGGCUCUUGGGCAGCGGCUUGAAAAAUUUUGGACAUGCUGACAGAGGAAGCUAUGACUGGCUGAACAGCGAACCAGGUGGGCCACUUCUGGAAACAGAGCUUCAGAGCAAACAACAGACAAGUUCAACCAAAGAUGACAUAGAACCAUUUCUGUGUAUCAUAUUGCCUGCCACCAUGAUGCUCUUCCUGGCAUUCCUGCUGCUCUUCCUGUACCGCCGUUGCCAGCGCCCCACUCAGCAGGGGCAGAUCUUCAGCAUCGACCUUCCCGAGGCCCUGCCUGAGCAUGAUGUGCCCAAUUUCCUUUCCUCGCUGCCCUGGAGCAGUGAACAGAGCUUCCACUACUCUACGCUGCUCCCUGACGCCACAUUCCUCUCGGUGUGUUUGCCUCCAUCGUACGAGGAGGCCACCAUGAAGACUUCCAUGGAAGAGGCUCACAUUGAGCGCUCUCCAGACCCAGUGCCUCCUUACGAAGAGAGCACGCUGCAGACCAGCAGCACCAAAUAA